AUGGAAGAUAAACUGAUGAAAAGCGGCUUGAGUUUUCUCGGUUAUGCUCCAGAAAAUGCGAAAAAAUUUUGGACUGAUAGCACACCGCGCUUUCUGCAGCGCAAGCACCUACCCCAACCACCAGCCCUUAUUUGCAGGUCAUCUGUCGCACAACUUUCUACAUCACUUGCCGGACAGAGUGCGAGGCCUGUUUGCUCAUUAAGAGGGUUGUCUCCAGGGCAGGCAAGAAUAUGCGAUCUAUUCAAGGAUCACAUGCCAGCUGUAGGUCAAGGUGCACAAACGGCGAUUCAGGAGUGCCAAUAUCAAUUCAAAUCAAAUAGAUGGAAUUGUUCAACGCCCUAUGGAUCCGGAAUAGUUGGUCCAAUUCAUAAACUAGGAACGCGUGAAGCUGCCUUCACCUAUGCCAUCCUUUCCGCAGGUGUUACUCACGAGAUUGGCAGAAGGUGUAAACAAGGAUUACUAGCGUCAUGUGGUUGCUCAGAAGAAGCAAAACCAAAGAAUGUAGCUGACGAUUGGACAUGGGGAGGAUGCGGCGAUAAUGUCGAUUACGGCUAUCGAUUUGCAAAGUAAGA